AUGGCUGUUGUUUUUCACUCGAGUCUCCUACCCAUCACUCUUCUCUUACUACCCUUUUCUGUUGUUUUAGCUAAAUUCCCCGGUCUAGUACUGACAGUGAUAGAUUCUCUCACUGCAGGGGAUAAGGAUGCUUGGCUUUCACCAACCAAAGAUUUUGCCUUUGGAUUUCACAGACUCAAUAACGAUGGUCAUGAUCAUAAUGAACUUUACUUGCUCGCCAUAUGGUACAACAAACUUGAUGACCAAACUAUAGUGUGGGAUGCGAACGGAGUCAGUGUACCAAGAGGAUCUACCCUUAAGGUCAUCUCUCAGACUGGCCUGGUGCUUACCAACUCUCAUGGUGAUCAAGUAUGGAGUAGUUCAGAUUCAAAAGGCGACGCCCGUGUAAGCCGUUGGUUGAUGAAGGACACAGGUAACUUUGUUUUGCUCGAUGAGAAUAAUACAGCCAUAUGGGAGAGUUUCAAACACCCUACUAAUACGUUACUGCCCACUCAGACCAUGGUGAUUGGUGAUAUGCUUUAUUCCCAUCAGAGCUUGACCAACUUCUCACCUGGUCGAUUCCAGUUUGGCUUGUAUGAAGAUGGUGAUGUCGUGCUCAAUUUCACAAAUUCUCCAGAUUCUUCUCCUUGUAUUACCUACUAUAAAGUGGGCUUUAAAGGUGCUGAUCAAGUGACCUUUGAUGCACAAGGAAGCUUGUACUUAUCGAGUAGUGAUCAUAGAAAAAAAUAUAUUGCAAAAUCAGAUGAUGCAGUCUCACCUUCUAAGUAUUAUCUCAAACUUACUCUCCAAUUUCAUGGAGUUUUAGUUUUGAGUUAUUUUCCAAAGAAGCAAACUGAAAAGUCAAAAUGGAAAGUCAAAAAGGCCAUACCAGAUGAUAUUUGCAAUGAUUUAACUGUGCCUGGAAACAUGGGGAGUGGACCAUGCGGCUACAACAGUAUCUGCACACUCGAAGAUGGAACUCCACAGUGCAAAUGCCCACCUGGGUAUUCGUUACUCAGCCAAACUAGAAACUACAGUGGCUGCAUACCAGAUUUUCCACAGCUCUGGGAUGAUAAUAAUGAUGGGAAGAUCAGUGUGGUGGAACUUCCAAGAACUGAUUGGCCGGAAUCUGAUUAUGAGUUUAUUGAGUCCUCUGGGCUUGAGGAAUGCAAAAAUAAUUGCUUACUUGAUCGCUAUUGUGCAGGAGGCACUUUUGUCCUUAACACUAACCAUUGCUGGAAGAAGAGACUCCCACUAUCCAAUGGUAGAGAGAGCAAGAAACUCAAACACUUGAUGGGGUUUCUCAUAGUCAAAACUCCACCACACAUAUCUUCCAACAAAGCACAUAAGAUUAUUCUGACCCUUUUAUUCAUACUCUUGGGUGGUUCUUUACUCAUCAACUUUGUUGUGUUGACCAGGGUGUAUUUGGCUUCUGUACUCAACUGCCGUAAGGUAAUCAGAGGUUAUAGAAAAUAUCAUGGAAAUUCUGUUAUAGCUAAUUUGCGUCAAUUCAGUUACAAAGAACUCUCAGAGGCCACAAAUGGAUUCACAGAGGAGUUAGGAAGGGGGUCUUGUGGUGUUGUCUUUAAAGGCCAGAUAAAGUCUGGUAUUGUAGCUGUCAAAUUACUGAAAAGACUGUUUCAAGAGAACGACAAAGAGUUCCAAGUCGAAGUGAACAUUAUAGGCAAAACCCAUCAGAAGAAUCUGGUCAGGUUAGUUGGAUACUGUAAUGAGAGAAAGCACAGGCUUCUGGUGUUUGAGUACAUGAGCAAUGGCACCUUAGCCAACUUUCUCUUUAAGGGUCCUAAUAAUCCUAGACCAAGUUGGAGCCGAAGGACUGAUAUAGCCAUUGGGAUAGCCAGAGGGUUGUUGUACUUGCACGAAGAUUGCAGCACCCAAAUCAUUCAUUGUGAUAUGAAGCCACAAAAUGUACUUCUUGAUGAUAGCUGCAAUGCUAGAAUAUCAGACUUUGGGAUGGCAAAGAUUCUUGGGCUAAGCCAAACACAUAGUUAUUGUAAUAACAGCAUAAGAGGAACAAAAGGGUACAUUGCACCAGAAUGGUUUAGAUCAGCAGCACCAAUCACGGCCAAGGUUGAUGUGUACAGCUUCGGAGUAAUGCUGCUUGAGAUAGUUAGCUGUAGAAGAAACGACAACGUUUUGAAUGAAUGUGGUGGAGGAGGAGGAGGAGGAGAGACAGGCUUUUUGAUAGACUGGGCUUAUGAAUGUUACAACAAUGAGAGAGUUGAGGGUCUUGUUGAGAAUGACAUAGAAGCCAUGGCUGAGGUGGAGAUGGUGGAGAGGUUUGUGAAAGUUGCUCUUUGGUGCCUCCAAGAAGAUCCCUCUCAAAGACCUUCCAUGAAGAAGGUUUUGUUGAUGCUUGAAGGGAUAGUAGUAGUUUCAGCUCCCCCAAGUUCUCCUUGCUCUUCUUCCUCUUCCAACACAUGA